AAGGGGCACGGAACCCCAUCACUGCGAUUGGGCAUUCAUCAAGUUGGUCACACGGCCGAGUACGAGGGCUCCGAUGGCAAGACCGAGUGGGCUGGUUUUGCAGAUGAAGACGAGGGUGGAGAGUGA